AUGUACAGACUGUAUAACUUCACUACAACUAGAAAUGGUGCCGAUCCUAGCAUCAACCCAAAUUUCCUCCCUCAAUUACGAGCACUCUGCCCACAAAAUGGUGAUGCCACAAGGCAUGUUGGACUAGACACUGGUAGCGAAAACAGAUUCGAUGCGUCUUUCUUCUCAAACUUGAGGAACGGUCGAGGAGUACUCGAGUCUGACCAGCAAUUAUGGACUGAUGCGUCCACAAAAACUUUAGUUCAGCGUUUUUUAGGCAUCAGAGGCUUGCUUGGGUUAAGCUUCAAUGUCGAGUUUGGAAGGUCCAUGGUGAAGAUGAGCAACAUUGGUGUCAAGUCUGGUACUGAAGGAGAAAUUCACAAAGUGUGUUCUGCGGUCAACUGA